UUUACAGGAAAUUGAAACGUUGGUUUGUUUAUACUGAUUCUGAAUGCAUUUGAUCACCUGUUGUUUAAAGCGUUAGGUUGGGUUAAAGUGUUUCCUAAUUGAUGUCGAUGUGUUUUCGUUUAUUUACUGCAUUCAGUUUGGAAACAGUGCCCCCUUUUUCUGUUUUAUUUACCUCAGAGUGGAGCGUGUCAGGUGUACCUAGAGAGAUGUUUACCUUGCGGUUUAAAUUCUAGCUAUACUUGAUGCUAAACUAAAGUAACUCCUUGAUUGAUAUUAAUUAACCAUUUAAAAAACUAAAUCAUUAAAAUCAAAGAGGAUUCUGCUACUCGAGUCUCAAGCUAACAGUCAGUGAAGAUGGACGUCAGCGUCUCCGUGUCGUUCUUUCAAGACGAGCUCGCCUCUACCAUCGAGCACGCAGUGAAAGCGGCUGUAGACACCGUCUUGUGCGAAAUCACAAAAGUUGUCGGCGGCAAAUUCACUGAAUUCCGAAUGGAAAUGGCUGGAAAGGAGAAAGAGAAUGAAAGUCUGAAGCUGAGAUUGGAAAUAUCAGAGAGCGAGUUGAAAGCAGUGCGGGAAUGCAUGAACGCUGCAGAUGCAGACAUUAAACAACCUCUCAGAAACAUGAACCCCGACUGCAAUGAACAAGACUUUCAGAGGAACGAGAACCAGGGGUUAUUUCAAGAUCCCAAAGAGAGCCAUGCAAUGCCUAAAACUGAAGCACAGGAAGGUCCAAGGAUAAAAGCAGUUUACACACUGCAGGAGUCAUUUAACCAGGAGUGGUGUUCAAGUCUAAAGCAGGUUACAGAGCUGACCUGUGUUAAAGAUGAAGAGGUCCCUCGACUGGAAUGUGUUCCUAUUAAAGAGGAAUCCAUAGAACAGGAAUGUGUCCCCAUCAAAGAGGAAGUUCCUACUGAAAAUAAUGUCUGUACACUUGAGGAGAACAACCAGCUGGGAUCCAGCCUGUGUGAUGAUUGUCCACCUGAAUGUGAAGUGGGAUUUGGAGGAAAUCUCCCAGGAGAGAAAUCUCAUUGCUGCACAGAGUGUGGGAAGAGAUUUGGCUUUAUAUUGCUCCUUAAAAGACACCAGCGCAUUCACACAGGAGAGAAACCUUAUCUCUGCACCGAGUGUGGGAAGAGAUUCACACAGUUAGGAAAUCUUCAAUCACACCAGCGCCUUCACACAGGAGAGAAACCGCAUCACUGCACUGAGUGUGGGAGGAGUUUCACGCGAUUAGAAAAUCUUAAAUCACACCAGCGCAUUCACACAGGAGAGAAACCUUUUCACUGCACUGAGUGUGGGAAGAGAUUCACACAGUUAGGAAAUCUUCAAUCACACCAGCGCCUUCACACAGGAGAGAAACCGCAUCACUGCACUGAGUGUGGGAGGAGUUUCACGCGAUUAGAAAAUCUUAAAUCACACCAGCGCAUUCACACAGGAGAGAAACCUUAUCACUGUACUGAGUGUGGGAGGAGUUUCACACAUUUAGGAAGUCUUCGAUCACAUCAGCGUCUUCACACAGGAGAGAAACCUUAUCACUGCACAAAGUGUGGGAGGAGUUUCACACAGUUAGAAAAUCUUCAAUCACACCAGCACAUUCACACAGGAGAGAAACCUUAUCAAUGCACAGAGUGUGGGAAGAGAUUCACAAAGUUAGGAAAUCUUCAAACACACCAGCGCAUUCACACAGGAGAGAAACCUCAUCACUGUACUGAGUGUGGGAGGAGCUUCACGCAGUUAGGUUCUUUGAAAAUACACCAGAAGAAAAUGCACCAGAAGAGUUUCAGUCACUGAGCAAAUCUUAAGACACCAUAAAAUGCACACAAGUGAAGCCCUAUCCCUGCACGGAAUGUGGGGAGAAGUUCAGUCAGUUGCAGGGUCUUGAAGGACACAAGAGAAUCCACAGAAUUUUACAGGACACCUAAACACUAGGAGUAAAUUUGACUAAAAUAUAGAAAUAUUUACUAAAAAAGGGGGUCAUUUUUGUACAGGGCCUGCACUGCGACUGACUUACGACCAGUUCUGAAAAUGCAAUUUUUAAUAGGAACAUUUAAAGUCGUAAUCCUGAGACUGCACAGUAAAUGAGUAUUUAAAUGCCUCAGUAAGUACAAACACACCCACUCACCGAGAGAUGUGCUGGAGAAGUUUGAAAAACAAACAAUGGCUCAAACAGGUUACCCUAAUAAAAGAAAAGCAAACUUCAAAGAGGAAGAGACACAAUCAUUUUGGAAGAAGAAUGCAGACUGAAUCGGCUUUAAUUGGAAAAGGCCAGAGUACAAAACAUUGUAAAGCAGAAAAAAGGCAUGACAAACAAUAGUUAAUAAAGUUAAUGCUGUGACGAAGGCAGACACCAGAGAAAAGUACUAUAAUGUUAACCCCUGUGCUAAAGACCAAUUAGCAGCAAACCUAUGAGGGCAACUGAGGGGGGUCUCCAAAAUUAUGAAGGUAUGAAACAGAGACUAACAGAAGUAGAUUGGAGUAAAAUGGAGAGAACAUCCACAGAAAAAAAUGUAAUACUAGAUGCGCAAAACAAUUACAUCCCAAAAGUAGACAAAUCUAAAUCUAAAACAAAAUGGCUUAAUAGAUCAAUUAAAAAAAAUAUUCAGUGAAAAAAGGCACUUUAUAGAGCAUUUAAAAGGGACCAAAAACAAAGUACACAGAAAGAGUACUUAGAACAGCAAACACAAGUCAAAAAGGAAGUUAGAAAGGCCAAGAGAGAGAUAGAAAUCAAUAUUGCUAAGGGGGCUAAAACCAAUUCCAAAAUGUUUUUCCAAUAUUAUAACAGCAAGAGAACAUUCAAAGAGGAGGUUAAAUGUCUAAGAGACACAAAUGGCAAAAUCAUAGAUGAAGAAAAAAAAUAGCAAAUAUAUUAAAUGAUUACUUUUCAGAGGUUUUUACAAAGGAGGACACGGACAACAUGCCCCACAUGUCAACCUGUUCCUAUCCAAUUUUAAAUAACUUUAGCAUAAGUGUUAAAGGGACUAGGGGCUCUUAAAAUAAACAAAUCCCCUGGGCCGGAUGAGAUCCUCCCAAUAGUACUCUUGACACAGGGGUUGUACCGACAGACUAGAAAAUAGCAAACGUAAUACCGAUCCACAAAAAGGGAGACAAAACCGAACCAGGUAACUACAGACCAAUGAGCCUGACUUCUAUUAUAUGUAAACUUAUGGAAACUAUAAUAAGAUCCAAAAUGGAAAAUUACCUAUAUGGUAACAAUAUCCUUGGAGACAGCCAGCAUGGUUUUAGGAAAGGGAGAUCGUGUCUAACUAGCCUACUUGACUUUUUUGAGGAUGCAACAUUGAAAAUGGAUAAUGGCAAAGCAUACGACAUGGUUUAUUUAGAUUUCCAGAAAGCUUUUGACAAAGUCCUGCAUAAAAGAUUAAUUCUCAAACUGAACGCAGUAGGGAUUCAAGGAAAUGCAUGCACAUGGAUUAGGGAGUGGUUAACAGGUAGAAAACAGAAAGUACUGAUUAGAGGAGAAACCUCAAAAUGGAGUGAGGUAACCAGUGGUGUACCACAGGGAUCAGUAUUAGGUCCUAUGCUAUUCCUAAUCUACAUUAAUGAUUUCGAUUCUGGUAUAGUAAGCAGCAAACUCGUUAAAUUUGGUUAGCGGUUUGUAAAUAACUUCUUUCAUUUCUUUGAGUAGGAUCUUAUCUGGCCCAGAUAGAUAU